GACAACGGUGAUAACCGUGACAACAGUAACAACGGUGACAACAGUGACAACGGUGACAACGGUGACAACAGUGACAACGGUGACAACGGUGACAACAGUGACAACGCUGACAACGGUGACAACAGUGACAACAGUGACAACGGUGACAACAGUGAGAACGGUGACAACGGUGACAACAGUGACAACGGUGAGAACAGGUACAACGGUGACAAGAGUGACAACAGUGACAACGGUGAGAACAGGUACAACGGUGACCAGAGUGACAACGGUGACAACGGUUACAACGGUGACAACGAUGACAACGGUGACAACAGUGAGAACAGUGACAACGGUGACAACGGUGACAACGGUGACAGCGGUGACAACGGUGACAACGGUGACAACGGUGACAAUGGUGACAACGGUGACAACGGUGACAACGGUGACAACAGAGACAACGGUGACGCCUGUGACAACAGUGACAACGGUGACAACAGUGACAAUGGUGACAACAGUGACAGUGGUCACAACGGUGACAACAGUGACAAUGGUGACAACAUUGACAACGGUGACAACAGUGACAAUCGUGACAACAGUGACAACGGUGACACCAGUGACACCAGUGACAACGGUGACAACGGUGACAACGGUGACAACGGUGACAACAGUGACAACAGUGACAACGGUGACAACGGUGACAACGGUGACAACAGUGAGA